UCCUACUGAAAGCGUUUGGUUUGUUCAUGCACGGGAGAUAAUACAUUAAAAUAUUUAGGUUUAAUUCUUUUCGACAUCCCUAUCUGUGUAGGAAUGUCUCAGAUAGGUCCUCGUUUUCUAAAGUGUAUCAAAAUGGUCCUUAAUUUUGAAAAUUGAGAUCAAUUGAGUCCUUUCCGUUAAGUUGGCUGGACGGCAACCCUUACCUCACCUUUUUCUCUUCAUCUCUCAAGCAUUCUCCAAAACUAAAACAGACAAAACCCAAUUCUUGUUUCAACUACAAACUGAAACACCACACACAGACACAUAAAACCCCAAAACUCAAAACAAACACAAAACUUCAAACAACAAAUAUUCAAAGAAAAAAAACAUCAAUCCCUUAACCAAAGUAACAGAACUCACCUUCUGGACUUUGUCUUUCCGUCAUUCAUUGCCGCCGAGUCGGAGCAUUCUCACCGUUGCCGGACGUGAAACACAGAGCUCGGAGAGUGUCGAAUUUGUCGAAGAUGUCGCGGUUUCCGUUCUUCAACCGGUCGAACACGAUUCAUUCUGAGCACUCGCAGAAACCUUACGUUCCUCAGAGCCAGCAGAGUCUGGACCGGUCCGGUUCGCUGAAUCGGUUCUACGGAUCCGCUGAGUCGGCGAAAACCUCAAUCCGCGGGAAAAUGGUGAGGAAGCUCUGUACCUUGUUCGAGUCCUCCUCGAAGAAGGCUGCAGAAUCGGAGUCCCAAUCGGAAUCAAAAGCGAGUUGGGACUCGUGCACGACGACGACGCCGUUUCGGUUGUCCGGGACGGAGGAGCGAAUCGUGGUGUAUUUAACGAGCCUGCGCGGGGUUCGGCGAACAUUCGAGGACUGCAACGCGGUGCGCAUGAUCCUGAAGGGGUUUAGGGUUUGGGUGGACGAGAGGGACGUGUCGAUGGACAUAGCUUACAGGGAGGACUCAAUGCCACGUCAGUAACAUUUCGUCAUCUCAGCAUCCCACUCAUCAAUUUUUUUAACGCCGUCCAGCCAACUUAACGGGAAGGACUCAAUUGAUCUCAAUUUUCAAAAUUAAGGACUAUUUUGAUACACUUUAAAAAACGAGGACCUAUAUGAGACAUUCCUACACAAAUAGGGAUGUCAAAAAGGAUUAAACCAAAUAUUUAAGUUUAAAAUUUUGGUCUCCUCUCCUUUAUAAGUAUAUAUGAUGUAGGGAUGGCAACGGGUCGGGCACGGGUAGUGUUUACCCGCAAUCCGACCCGCCGGAUAAAAUUGUACCCGUUACCCGAUCCGUUACCUAUCGGAUACACGUUUAAAAAAUAUUCGUGGGUAUUUUAAAACCUGCGGGUAUCCGCAGAUACCCGUAAAAAAUAAAA